CCGGAUGGCAACAAGCGCGGCGCCAACGGACCAAUCCGAGAAAAGCAAAGGGGUGGGGAUAAUGGAAGUUCCGUGACGCUUCCUUCAAUAACAAUAACAUAGUCCUGGGAGUCUCUGGGGCUUCGCGCUCUUGGCUGGGGAAACCAUGCCUUUUCUGGGUCAGGACUGGCGAUCUCCCGGAUGGAGAUGGAUUAAAACAGAAGACGGUUGGAAGAGAAGUGAGCCUUGCAGCUCUGAAUUUGAGGAUGAAGGCAAUCUGCUUAAUGACAUCAACCAUGCUAUCCUCUUGAACAGCGAUGAAGAAAUAUGCGGUACCGAGUGUGAAUUUGCAAGCAAGAAAAGGAAAAAAGAUCACUUUAGGAACACUGCAAAAUCUCAGUGUUUUUAUCGUGAAAACUGGAUAUAUGUUCAUAAAGAAAGUACCCGUGAAAGGCAUGGCUAUUGCACUUUGGGAGAAGCUUUCAAUCGUUUGGAUUUUUCAAGUGCAAUUCAGGACAUACGGAGGUUCAAUUACGUAGUUAAACUUCUGCAGUUAAUAGCCAAAUCCCAGUUGACAUCCUUGAGUGGCGCAGCUCAAAAGAACUACUUCAACAUUUUGGAUAAAAUUGUUCAGAAAGUUUUGGAAGACCAGUAUAAUCCACGCCUGAUUAAAGAUCUUCUUCAGGAUCUGAGUUCCACCCUCUGUAUGUUAAUCAGGAGUGUAGGGAAAUCGGUGCUGGUAGGAAACAUCAAUAUUUGGAUUUGCCGAUUGGAAACUAUCCUUAUGUGGCAGCAGCAGCUCAGUAAUCUUCAGAUGACCAAGCACAUCAACAAUGGACUUACACUUAGCGAUCUUCCUUUACAUAUGCUGAACAACAUCUUGCAUAGAUUUUCAGAUGGAUGGGAUAUCAUUACUUUAGGACAAGUGACUCCGACAUUAUAUAUGCUCAGUGAAGAUAGGCAGUUAUGGAAAAAGCUGUGUCAAUACCAUUUUGCUGAAAAACAAUUUUGUAGGCAUCUUAUUUUGUCAGAAAAAGGUCAUGUUGACUGGAAGCUGAUGUAUUUUGCACUUCAGAAAUGUUAUCCAGUAAAGGAACAAUAUGGAGAUACCUUGCAAUUUUGUCGUCACUGCAGUAUUCUAUUCUGGAAGGACUACCACCUUGCUUUGUUACUCAAGGACACAGGUCAUCCUUGCACAGCCAAUGAUCCCACCGGUUGCUUCACACCAGUAUCUCCUCAGCACUUCAUAGACCUCUUCAAAUUUUAACUGCAAUCCAGGGCAGGGGCUGAGGUGUUUUUUCUAAACGUUUUGCAGCCACAUGCAGUACGUGAAGGGGGGUUUUGUGUGUGUGCAAUAUAUUUCCUGUUAUGUUUCAAGUUAAAAUCUGGGUGUAAUCAGGUCAAAUAGAACAUUGCUGGAACGUCCAUUAAAACCUUCAAUUUCUGAGGAGGAAGAAAAGACAAUUCACUUAGUAAGGGAAGAUAUACCAGAAAGAGAUAGGUUUCUGUGAAAGUAAUAAUUGGAAUUGGGCUAUCUGGCUGAUAUCCAGCAACACGCUAAUGUUUUCUUUGAGUUUCAGUGAGAUGUUUGGAGUUCACUUGUUACUGAAGUGAAGAAACUGAUGAGUUUCUUCUUACUUGCCCAAUUCUAAAUAUACCCAGUUGGUACAUCCUGUAAAUAUUCAGAGGAUACUCUUAGGGUUUCUAUGUAUAUAUCAUGUUGAUUGUGAGCAUCACCCAUGGGCAAAAUGUUCUGUAUUCCAGUUGUGCAGGAAAGCCCGUAAUUCCAUAUUGUAAAUACAUUCAGCACAAUAUUUAUUUUCUUAAAAUAUGUUAUAUUAAUUCUGUCCCAUCUCUCUGUGUCCUAAAUAAUGUGAGCUGUUGGUAUCCUGGCUGCUGAGCCAAGAUAUUGUUUUCUAGAUGCAAUCCAAUGAAUUGUGUUGAGUGAGAGGUUUAUGUCUUCUCAUUGAUGUCUCCUCAAGUCUUAACUGCUUUGAGCAAAAUAGAUGUGGCUGGGCUUUGAGAGAGAAUGGGACUUCAUUUGAAGCAGCGCUGUUGAAGUUUUGCUAUGAACAUCUUGGCUAGCUUCUCAGAAGUGGAAGAUAAUCUGAAUGCUCUCCACGCUACUCUGGGAAUGGAACUGGUAGAAGCGAAAGGCAAAUUUGCAAGAGCUUCCAGUGUUCAGAAACUCUUAAAUCAUCAUUUCCAUGUAAGACAAUAUAUAGAUAAACACAGGAUUUAUGUUAUGUACCACCAUAUGUAUUAAAUCCAAGUUUCUACCCAAAUAAAUCAUUUCAUCUUCUAA